ACUCCACUAUCCGAAAAAGCCAUCGGCAGUUACAAGCGGCUGCCACUCGUAGGAUUUACACACGCAGGCCCGCGCACACGCAUAACAUCCUUCGGCCAUGAGUGCAGCUAAAGCGGUGGUUCUCAUCUCCGGGAACAGCAACAUUAGAGGCUCUGUCCAGUUCAUCCAGGAACCCAACGGCGCAACCCAUGUGAAAGGGAGGAUUACAGGGCUCUCACCAGGCCUCCACGGCUUCCAUAUCCAUGCCUUUGGCGAUACCUCCAAUGGUUGCAACUCCACUGGCCCUCAUUUCAACCCCCUGAAGAAGGAUCAUGGAGCUCCUACUGAUAGAGAGCGCCACGCUGGUGAUUUGGGAAACAUUUUUGCAGGCCCAGAUGGAGUUGCUGAGGUUUCCAUAACGGACAAGCAGAUUCUGCUCACUGGACCUCAUUCUAUACUUGGGAGGGCAGUUGUUGUGCAUGCUGAUCCUGAUGAUCUUGGUAGAGGUGGACAUGAACUCAGCAAGACUACUGGGAAUGCUGGUGCAAGAGUUGGAUGUGGUAUAAUUGGGCUUCAAUCGGCGGUUUAGGCUCGUUUUGCUCAUGGAUAAUUGAUAGGUUCAUAAAAGAUACAUUGCAGAUUCUAUGGAAGUUGGCGUCAGUUUACAUGACCUUCUCUUUUCUGCUUUUGGCUCAAAAAGAGAGGGACCCAGAUUGUUGUUGGGGGUUGUUAAAGGCAGGCCAGAAUAUGGACUGCCCAAGCAUCUGAUUCACUCUGUAGAGAGUUUGGGCAUCUGGGUUCCAUUGUUAUUUGAUUUUCCAGUGCUCGUAUAAUGAUUGCACAAAUAUCUAUUUGGAGCUUGACCAAAGGUAGUGCUUGUAACUUCAUUGUAGAUACAAACGGUUAAAGAGUGUUUAUCCAUAUAUUUUCUUCUCCUGUA